GCGCCUCAGAGAGCUCAGUGAGACCGGAGCUUGCGGAACGUCUAGUCACACACUGAGCAGAGAAAGCAGAGGAGGGAGGAAACGAGGCGCAUCCGCCAGGCAGAGACGGACAUCACGGAGCCCGAGUUGUCCACAUUCUCUUCUUAAUCAACUUUGGUUUCACUCUGGACUUUUGCAAAAAAAGACGGAAGUUGGAAAAACAGCUGCGUCUGGAACGGCAGAGUUAUAUAAGAACAGAGGGAGCGUCAGCCUCGUUGCAGGGCCGCUGUGACUCAUUGAUAAAUAACUCGGACUCUCCAGGCAGAUGCAUGAAUGAGCGCCACUGAAGGCAACCCGCAGUCGGGAAAUCCGUGAAGACCGUCGCGUUUUUCAGGCAGGAAUAUCAGCGGGAAGAGUUUAUUUUAAGCGAUUCGGCGCUUCUUUUUUUUUUAACAACACAUACUUCUUUUUCUUUGAGCAGAAAGAGAAAUCUGCUUUUCAUCAGUAGACUCCCCCCUUUUCAUCCCAAAAAAACGCGUUUCGUACUCCUGCUUAUAAAUGCUUGACAAGCUCAAGCCCGUCGUCCAGGUCGACUCUGUUAUGGCGAUCAGCAAGACGGUGAGCUGGUUCCGGGAGCAGCUGGAGACGCAGAGGGACGGCCUGCUGGUGAUGGACUGCCGGGCCCAGGAGUUGUACGAGUCGUCGCACGUCGAGACGGCGAUUAACGUGGCCAUACCGAGUCUGAUGCUGCGCCGGCUCAAGAAGGGCAACCUGCCCGUGCGGUCGCUGCUCUCCGACGGGGAGGACCGUGAGCGGUUUGUGCGCCGCUGCAAGACGGACACCAUCGUGCUAUACGACGAGUACAGCCGGGAGUGGAACGAGAACGUGGACGGGGGCUCGGUGUUAGGCUUGCUGCUGAGGAAAAUGAAGGACGAGGGCUACAAGGCCUUUUAUUUGGAGGGCGGCUUCUGCAAAUUCCAGGCAGAGUAUCCAGCCUUGUGCGAAACAAACCUUGACGGCUCCUCUAACAGCAGCAGCAGCAGCUCUCCCACCACGGCCCAGGUGCUGGGCCUCGGCGGCCUGCGCAUCAGUUCUGACUCCUCCGACAUUGAAUCGGACAUUGACCGGGACCCGAGCAGCGCCACGGACUCGGACGGCAGCCCGCUGUCCAACCCGCAGCCCUCCUUCCCCGUGGAGAUCCUGCCGCAUCUGUACUUGGGCUGCGCCAAAGAUUCCACGAACCUGGAUGUGCUGGAGGAGUACGGGAUCAAAUACAUCCUGAACGUGACACCCAACCUGCCCAACCUAUUCGAGAACGCUGGGGAGUUUAAGUACAAGCAGAUCCCCAUCUCGGAUCACUGGAGCCAGAACCUCUCACAGUUCUUCCCGGAGGCCAUCAGCUUUAUCGAUGAAGCUCGGGGUCAGAAGUGCGGCGUCCUGGUCCACUGCUUGGCUGGCAUUAGCCGCUCUGUGACCGUGACGGUGGCCUACCUGAUGCAGAAGCUCAACUUGUCCAUGAACGAUGCCUACGACAUCGUCAAGAUGAAGAAGUCUAACAUCUCCCCCAACUUCAACUUCAUGGGCCAGCUCCUGGACUUUGAGCGCACGCUGGGCCUGAGGAGCCCGUGCGACAACCGCAUGGUGCCGCCGAGCCAGCAGCUCUACUUCACCACCCCCACCAACCACAAUGUCUUCCAGCUGGACCCCCUGCAGUCCACGUGAGGUCUGCUCAUAAGCACCUCUCUCAUUACUGGCAGGGUGCAGGGCUGCCACCCCAAAUUCUCUUCUACUUGUUGAAAAAGUUGCAAAAAAGUUUCUCCAUUUCUUUCUGUCAUCUGCUCUGCGGACCUGGCUCUGGACGAUCCUGAGGCAGCUGGUUUUUGGGGGAGGUGGCGACAGCUGCUGAGUGUGCUUACUGGAGGUGCCAGAGCAGCCUGGCCAGUACACAGCUGCCGCUGUCUGAAUGAGGAUGGACAGUUAAAGCAACAGACUCAUUUAAAGACUGUAUACUUUCUAUAGUCAUAUUUCUGUUGGACUUUUGGGGUAUUUCCUCUGUUUUUCUUGUUGUAUCUGAGGAAACUGAACAGUGAUUUAGAGAGUUGAACAGUGAUUUAGAGAGUUGUAUGUUCUGCUUUAAAGACCCUAGGCUGGUGUGCCAAAGAGACCUGAUUGUCCAAACUGGACAGAGAACUUUCAGUAUGUUUGUUUUGGGGUCACCCCCAUGACUUAAGGGUGCAUUGUCCCCCCUUCAUCUUCUGUGAAGAGUCGCCUGUGUGGGGUUGAAGAAUCCCAGCUUUAGAGGGCACAUCGUAUACUGGACUGAUUUUUACACUUUUCAAACAUUUAUACUGUACAUUGUGUAUAUAUCUUAAUGUAAGAGAGUACCUUUGAAUGGAGGUACUAAAAAUCUGUUUCAUAUUCUAGUUUUGUGUAAGCAAACCAACCGCAUAUAUAUCAUUGUUACGUUGAUUAUGCCAAAAAUCAAUAGGCUAUCCAAGAAUUGUGCAGAAAUGUAUACAUGUGUAAUAUAUCUAUAUAUCUUCCAUAUUUGCUUUAUGUAUCAAUUCAGCCAACCGGCCUUUUUUGUUUUUUGGGCUGUUUUGCACUCUCCCUCUCACAGAAAAGAUGUUGUUUGCCUUAUUUACUCUCACAGGGUUUGUUUCACUUCAUCCUUCAGAGAAUUUCAUUUUGUCUGCUUUGUAUCUUAGAAUCAUCCAAGUCCUAAUUAAACUUGUUAGAUUUUCAUUUUAGUUUGGCAGCAUCCUUAAUGAUAUCUUGUGAUGGUCAACGGUGAGUAGUCUGGGUCUCUGGGGGUUAAUGUGGGCAAUCCUGCCCUGUGCAGAAGAGUUAAAGCGGAUGGUUGGUCAAAGGUUCUUCAGGGAAAACUCUUUGAAAUGCAGUUUUGAAUUUGUCAGGAUGAGAGAAGUGGAACCAAGAGCUUAAACUAAGAAAAUGCCUCUUUCCAGGAGGAUGUCGCCAUGUUGGUGAUCUCCACCUGCACCCCUAUUCCACACUCCUCUUUCCUGAAUGUAAAGGAAAGAUAAGUUAUUAAUAAAUUGCUAUUUUUGUCUACA